UGAUUAUUGAAGCGCUGACAGAAAAAAACAUUGAUUUCUUGUAACAUUUGCACCGUUACCCUACAGUAAUCAUGGGUGAUAUACUCAAAGAUAGUCGUUUUGCAAAAUAUCUAAAUGAUCCACGAUACAGACAAAUACCUAAACAUGAAAGGAAGGUUAAAAUCGACAAACGAUUUCAGUCUAUGUUCAAUGAUUCUAAGUUUAAAGUGAAAUAUACCGUGGAUAAGAGAGGAAGACCUGUAAAUGAGACUUCAACGGAGAAUUUGAGGAAAUACUAUGAAUUGGAAGAGUCUGAAGGAAGUUCUGAUUCUGAAGAUGAGGAAGUUGAGGGCGAUACUGGUGCCGAGUCUCAAAAGGACGAAGUUACUCCUGGCAGAUUCGUCAAACGACCACAGAGCGACGAUGCUGGCCCCAAGUUUCAGAAUGACAAACUAACGCGAGGCAAAUUAAACCCGAAAACUAAAGAGAGGCUGUUGGAUCUAGACGUUGAUUAUGCUCGAGGAGAAGGUGUCCUUUUAACGGACAGCUCUUCAGAUGAGGACAGCAGUGAGGAAGAGGCGGAGAGUGAGGUGGAACAUGAGUGGGGGGAACUGGAUGCAGCGGCAGAGACCACUGAAGAGUCAACUAAAAGAAUAGCAAUUUGCAAUAUGGACUGGGACAAUAUAAAGGCAGCAGACAUCAUGGUGCUGCUCAGCUCUUUCCUACCCCCGGGAGGCAUUAUUUACAAAAUAACAAUUUAUCCAUCCGAGUAUGGUCUAAAACGCAUGCAAGAAGAAGAGGUACGGGGUCCCAUAGAACUCACCGAGCAACGCGAGGUGGACAGUGGCUUGUCCGAUGAUGGCGGAAAUGAGGAAGGAUCAACAUACCACAUGGAAAAACUACGCCGCUACCAGCUAAACCGCUUGAAGUACUACUACGCCGUGGUGGAGUGCGACUCGGUGGCCACCGCCGACAAGCUGUACAGCGAGUGCGACGGCAUGGAGUACGAGAGCAGCGCGACACGGCUCGACAUGAGGUUCAUACCGGACGACGUCACGUUUGACCAGGAACCGCGGGAAACUUGCGUCCAGCUGCCGGACCUGACAAAGUAUAAACCUCGGCUGUUCACGACGACGGCGCUUCAGCAGGCUAAAGUGGAGUUGACGUGGGACGCGACGGCGCCCGCGCGGGCCGAGGCGCUGCGCGCCGCCGGCGCCGGCCUGGGCGAUCAGGACUGCCUCCGGGACUACCUCGCCUCCAACAGCGAAGACGAAGAUGAGGACACACCGCAAGGCGAAAAAGAGGCGAACGAGUCCCAAUCGGACGACGAGGAUCCCAUCCAGAAGUACAAGAAGCUGCUAGAAGAAAUAGACAGGAAAGAAGAGAGCAAGAAGAACAAAGACUUGGAGAUGGAGAUCACGUGGGGGCUCGGGGUCAAGGACAAGGCGCAGGAGCUCGUCAAGAAGAUUAAUCAAGAUGACAAAAAGCUGACGCCGUUCGAGAUAUUAAUGAACAAGAAGAAAGAGAAGAAUAAACAAAAAAGACUAAACAAACAGAAAGCGCAAGAUAAAGAACAUUCGUCAGAAGCAGAAUCCGAGGAUGUCCCUUCCGACAUCGACAUGAACGAUCCUUAUUUCGCAGAAGAGUUUAACAAACCUGAAUUUAAAAAUAAAAAAUCUAAGAAACAAGAAAAGACCGAAACAGAACCGACUGAGGAAGACGAAAAACAGAAGCAAGAAUUAGAACUUUUAUUAGACGAUGAUGAUGAUAAAGUACACUUCAGUCUCAAGAAAAUCCAGGAAGCAGAGAGCACCACAAAGAAAUCCAAGCGGAAAAAGAAAUUAAAACAGAAAAUGUUGGAGCAGAAACAGGCGUUACCCGAUUUCGAAAUAAAUUUGAAUGACCAGAGAUUCUCUGCACUUUAUAACUCCCAUCAUUUCAAUAUUGAUCCAACCGAUUCUAACUUUAAGAAGACGAAGAACAUGGAAAAGCUUAUCCAGGAGAAGUUGAAGAGGAGACCAGCAGAUAAUCCGGCGGAGGAGCUACAGCCUAAGAAGUCAAAGGAAGAUGCGGAGUUGAGUCUGCUUGUUAAAAAUAUUAAACGCAAAACUAGAGAUGUUCUAAAGAAGUAAAUGUUCUGUAUGAUACUUGAA